AAUACAUUAUUCUGUUCUUAACGAUGGCGGCAGCAGCAAAACCAUGUUCUUAUUUACCAGAGGAGUUAUGGGAGUACAUUAUCAAAUUCCAUGACGGGGACGACGCCACUUUGAUGUCUCUCUCAUUCGUCUCUAAACAGUUUCUCUCCAUCACCAAUCGUGUCCGGUCCACUGUCACAAUUACCAACCAAACAAUCCCUUUCCUCCCUUGCCUAUUCUACAGGUUCCCCAACAUCACAUCCCUCAAUCUCCCAUCAUUCUCCAAUAUAGCCGGCCUUGAUGCCCUUCUCUGCAUAAUCCCCACUCUCCUUUUAGACAUUAAAUCACUCAAUAUCUCCAAGACCAACAAUAUUCUUGCAAGUAAGUUACGAGCUCUGUCCAAAAAGAUGAAAAAUUUGAGAUCUCUCACUUGUUCCAACAAUUAUUUUGUUGACGUGAGCGAACUCUUCUUUAUCGCUGAUCGUUUCCCUUUACUCGAAGAACUCAACCUCAAUUUUCGCACUAUUUAUCCUGCAUAUAAUACCGUGUUUAAUAAUUAUCAUCAAUUCUUGCCACUACCCAAACUCCGCAAGAUUAAUUUAUUUGGUGAUGAAAUGAGUUAUAAACUUUUUAGUUCUCUAUGGGAGAGACAUUUUACCAUCGAUUUGUAAUUGAAGUUUACCUGUGAUCAUCAUGAUUAACUUCGUUGUUUGCUUGCUUUGAUAUCCAAAUGCCAUAUAUAUAGAAUGA